AUGAAAGAUGGAAAGAAGUGGUGCCUGUUGGCAGGAGUGACGAUGGCGGGUGUCUCUAGUUUGUGGGUGAAUGAGCUUUUUGGCACUGUGGCAUGUGCCCACAUCCUUGAGGCUGUGUGGGCAGUGCGAGGAUGCACAAACGCUGCCAAGACAUGGUUGCUGUUGGUGUGUUGCCCCAGCACUUGGAAAUCGAUUGAACUGGACCCCUGCCAACCAUCUCACAGGGUUUCUUGCCGUACCAUGGACCACCGGGUUCUGUGGUUGCCUGGCUUCGAAUUGGAGUUGUGGAUAGCCAGGGCCAGGAAUGGUGGCCCUAUAUCGAGGCAGCUGUUUGAUUGUCACUGUGGCGCGGGACGGUGUGUACACCUGCGAGGCAGAGAGGGCCACUCAGAGGAGUUGUGUUGGCUGUCUGUUUUCGUUGGCAGGAUGGGCAGAACGUGUGCCAGAGGGCGGUGA